AUGCAUUUCAAAACAAAAACUUCUGCUGCCCUACUUGAUAUCAAGAUUGAUCGAGAAAUAUUGGAUUCAGUUACAGUUGCCCUUAAAGAAUGUUUGUUUCUUUCAUAUCAGAAUAUGCAGAAUAUUAUUCUAUUGUUUUCUAUUGCUGUUCAGCAUCUGAUUGCAGAAGUCAGUGAAAUUAUGACUAAUGAUACUGUAGAUAAGGCUGGUUUGUGGAAAAACAAACUCAUUGAUCAGUCAUUGGAGCUUUUAGAUUAUUUACCUCAAGCAAUUCAAGACAUUUGCUUCUUGAAAGAGAUCCACAUGGAAAUGUUCAAGGUUUACUUUAAUAAAAUACAAUGCUUCUAUUUUGAGGAGCAGCAACUAAUUCUUGGAGAGCAGAUUGAUAUGCCAUUAAGUAGUUUUCUCAGUCUGAACUCAAGUAUAGGAAAAGGAGCCAUAUCCAGUAGCGGGGACAACAACCGGGAUGCAUAUUUGAAUAUGUCGAUUGCAGUUCUUGCUACCCUUUGUCGUGUUCCAGAGAUUAUAUCCUCUGAAGACUUGAUUUCCAAGAUCCCAGUGAUAUUGGAAGAACCAAACACGUUCUUUUCAAAGAGAAAAGGGAACGAGAAGGAAAUUCUAAUCGCUUCUUUUCAGGUUGUGAGGAAAAUUCAGUUGCAAAUUCAUGAAUUUGAUUCUUCUUCGAAUAAAGAGGACUUGCACGGUUCAGAGAAGCACUGUUGCAUCCAUCAAUGUCUACCAAAAAUUGUGACUAAAAUAGUAUUUGAAUUUACAUUGAUCAUUAUCAACAUAACAUGUAUUGCACAUGUAGUUUACAAAUGUUUCCAAAAAACUGAACAUGUCAGCUUUACUAGGUGGCAUGGAAUCAUUGGAAGACUAGUUCAAAAGAAGAUAACUGGGCUAUAUGGAACUGAAUUUCUUGUUUUUUCAGCAUGCUUUGCACUCAACAAUACAAUGCCGAAAAAAGGACAACCUUUGAUCAUUAGCAAUAACGGAGCAAGUGGCGUUUAUCCAGGUUCUACCAAUCUUGCUUAUCAACAAGCAAUAGACGAUGGAGCUGACAUUAUAGAUUGCUCGGUUCAAAUGACAAAAGAUGGAAUUUCAUUCUGCUCAAAUACAGCAGACCUAAUGGCAGAUACAACUGCUAUGACUAAAUUCAUGUCGCGGACUUCCAAUGUUCCAGAAAUUCAACCAAAUAGUGGAAUUUUCUCCUUCGAUCUCACGUGGAACGAGAUCCAAAGCUUGCAACGUAAUGCUUCCGUUUGA